CACAGACUUAAUUCUAAACCCCCACUUUCCUCUUAAUCUCAGUGUUCUGUUUCAAGUUCUCAAACCUGAAUUAACAUCUGUCUCUUCCAGCAAAGUCAAGCUCAGAGGAAAGGUCACCCUAACCUGUUUCAGAGCCCCUUCAGGUCCCAGAGAAGAGGACAGAGGACUCUCCAGCCAGAGCACUCCUUAGGAUAGAGGACGAGGAUUUCUGGUCUGAAGCAGAGGGUGACACCAGCUGCUCUGUCCCUGAAUCCAUUAUGGAACAGAUCAAUGGACCUCUUCAGAUGGAGCAUGCAUUGCUGUUCACCUUCCUGGAGGUAUCCUCUGACUGUAACUUCAAAGACCAGCUGCAUUCCCUGCAAAGCCAGCAGAUCAUGUUGUGCCAAGGAAAUGAUGAUGACGAGCUUCAGACCGAUGGCAAUCGGAGUGGCCACUUUCGGAAUGGGUUGCCUCAAACAAAUGAAGAGGUUAUCCGGAUCAUUGCUGCUCAGCUUGCUGAGAUUGGAGACCAGUUUGAUAGAGAAAUCCAGGAAAGAGUAGUAAAUGGCCUAGCACAGCACUUUCUGAAUGAGAAUCUAUCUUAUGAGGAGAUAAUCCAGCACAUGAACAGGGCAGUGAGAGAGCUUACACGAGCCAUCCCUGCAGACAUGGAGCAGGAGAAGGCCAUGUUGGUGCUAACAAUGGUCUUGACUAGGAGAAUUGUGAAUUCAGUGCCCUCCCUUCUACACCGUGUCAUUACCACCACUCUGAACUACAUGAACCAACAGUUCCACAACUACAUUCUUGAAAUGCUGGGUGAGUGAGCUCUCCAGGCCUGUGUGAAGCAUGUGAAUUCCUGAAGAUUUUCCUUGAUGGAUGAAGACCACUUGAUUUAGUCUUAAGUUCUGAAAUACUGCUGUGAAAGGGGUGGCAGAGCUUCAUAGAUAGGCUUUUGUAGACUAGCAUAGCAGUAAUAGUAGUGUGAGCUGCCUGCCAGCUCUGCCAGUGUGUGCCUCUCUCUUUUCACAAUAUUUCUUAUUUUAGCAGUAGCAGAGCCUGCCUUGUACCUCCACAGGGCCUGUCCUCUUUGUUUUUUCUAAGCAGCCAUAGCAUUUUGCUUCAGUUAUUCGCUUCCCAGCCCUGCUCCUGCAGCUGAGCCGUGCUGAAUGUUGUUCCCAGGAAGGCUUCAGGCUAUGGAAUGGGUGGUUUAUCAGUGGGGAGUGGGUCUAUCUUGAUGAGAAGCUGGCAACAAGAAGGAACAGCCCUGAGGCAUAGAGGGAGAUGUGGCCAGAGAAGGCUGACACCAGGGUACUUAAGUAUCAAUCAUUAUACACCUGUGUUUGCUUGAAAAACAAAACUGACAAAAGAACUGUAAAGAAAAGGGCAGGGUAAGCACAGGGCAAGUUUUUUGAUAAUGCAACCUAAGAAAAAGUAGCAUAUUUUGUAGUCACAUCUCAGACUGAACAAACUUGGACUCAGGUUGUUUUAUAUAUAAUCAGACAAGGUGGCAAAUAUGUCACCUGUGAUUCAGCUGCCUCAGGACUUUUCCAAGUAUGUAAAUAGGUUUUUUUAAGUUAAAUAAAGAUUUCAUCUCUGAUGGCUACUACAGCUCUGCAGA